AUGAGUGAUUAUGAGGUCACCUUGGUAAAUGACAAUAUGCAAGAAUUCUAUGUUCGUUUUCAUGGACCAGAUGACACUCCAUUUGCUGGUGGUGUUUGGAAAGUUCAUGUCGAACUUCCCGAUCAAUAUCCGUACAAGUCGCCCUCGAUUGGAUUCAUGAAUAAAGUUUUUCAUCCAAAUAUUGAUGAAUUGAGUGGAUCUGUUUGCCUCGAUGUGAUCAACCAAACUUGGAGUCCAAUGUUUGAUAUGAUCAACAUCUUUGAAGUGUUUCUUCCUCAACUCUUACGAUAUCCAAACCCUACUGACCCUUUGAACGGAGAAGCUGCAGCUUUAUUGAUGCGAGAGCCUCAGAAUUAUGAAAAUAAAGUAAAAGAAUAUGUAAACAAGUACGCGACAAAAGAAGCAGCAGAUGCCGCAACAGACGAAAGUUCAUCAGAAGAGGAAGUCAGUUCG